GGAAACAGAGGAACCAGCCAACAGAUUAUAAGGAAAGAGAGAGAGAGAAUCAGAGAAUCCCACCCACAGCUCAGCGACAGAGAGACGCAGGCAGGCGAGGCCACCCCCUGCCUUCUCUUCUCCGCCUGGCUCUCUCUCUCUCUCUCUGGCUGCUCAAUUCCUUUCACCGCCAUUCCUCUGUUUCCCUCAUUCUGAAUCUCUGUUCCCUUCUACCCACAGAUCCAGCUGAUUUAUCCUCAAGUGUGAAGCUUUCGACACUGGUUGGAGGGGGUUUCCGCUUUUCCCCACUUUCCUGGUUAUUGUAUCCCUGCCUGUUUACGGCAGGCGUCGUCAUCAUCACAUCCGACCUUCGUGGACAAAGAAGAGCAUAUUUCUAGGGUUUGACAGCAAAGUUCGGGACUUUUGACUUUUCAAGUUCCAGAAUUCUAGCUGGUCUCGGUUGUUAUAAUACUGAGACCCGAGCUGGAAAUUAAGCCCCGGAAAUUUUGGUGAGUUUUGAGAGGGAUUCAUAAUUGGCAUCUCUUGGUGGGGUUUUGGAAUGGCUGUUGCUGAAGGCAACACCUUCAACUUCUUCAACGCUGAGCCAUCCAAGCAACCCUGCAAUUGCUACAUUGUUUCAAACUUAUCUGAACCCAUUUUGGAGACGGAGCAGACCUCAAGCUUGACAGAAAAGUACGUUCUUGGGGAGCAAUUGGGCUGGGGACAAUUUGGUGUCAUUAGAGUCUGCACAGAGAAGUCUACAGGGGAGCUGUUCGCCUGCAAAUCAAUCGCCAAGGAUAGAUUGGUGACAUCAGAUGACACGAGAAGUGUCAAGCUUGAGAUCGAGAUAAUGACCAAGUUAUCUGGUCAUCCAAAUGUUGUUCAUCUCAAGGCAGUUUAUGAAGAUGAAGAUUUCAUCCACUUGGUGAUGGAACUUUGUGUUGGUGGGGAGCUUUUUCAUCUGUUAGAGAAGCAUGGGCGGUUCUGUGAGUCCGAAGCUAAAGUUCUUUUCCGAGAUCUAAUGCAAGUGGUAUUGCAUUGCCAUGAAAUUGGAGUUGUUCAUAGAGAUCUGAAACCAGAGAACAUCCUCUUGGCAACAAAUUCCUCUUCUUCACAGAUUAAACUGGCUGAUUUCGGUCUUGCAACAUAUGUCCAGCCUGGUCAGAAUCUGAAAGGAACAGUUGGAAGCCCAUUUUACAUAGCUCCAGAGGUGCUCUCAGGAGGAUAUAAUCAGAGUGCUGAUAUAUGGAGUGCCGGGGUUAUCCUCUACAUUCUUCUCAGUGGGAUGCCCCCUUUCUGGGGCAAGACUAAGUCACAGAUUUUUCACGCUGUUAGGGCGGCAGAUCUUCGGUUCCCUUCUAAUCCUUGGGAUAGAGUUGCCAAAUCGGCGAGAGAAUUAGUUAAGGGGAUGUUGUGCGUGGAUCCCGUGCAGAGACUGACUGCUCAGCAGGUGUUAGAUCACCCGUGGAUGAAUGACCAAAGACCGAGCCUCGAAGAUACAUGUCAGCACGCGAAAGAAAGUUGUGGAGAGUUGAGUUUGGGUUGCACUUCAUUCUCGAGGAUGAUAACGAGGAAUCAGGACAUCAGCUUUGGCACAGGAUCACAUAUUAUAUGUGAGGAGGUUCAGUCACCGACUUCAAUGAGUAGGUCAUCGUUCUCUUCUAUGGUAGCACAACCAUCUACACCUUGCAUUCUAUCAGGUGGAUUUUCAUUUCGAAGCGAUGGUGAGUCUGCACCUUUGGAGUUUGCUUCACCUAUGUCCUCGAUGCCAAGCUUUGCAUUCUUCAGUCCCGACCCCACGAUCAAACACCAAGGAAGCAACAGUUGCAGAGGAGAUGCAGUGCUUGCACAGACCGAGUCUUCUUCUUUAUUUGAAGCUGGAGGAGCUUCAGAACAGCACAGGAUAUCGUCCGAGUUUAAGCGUGCAGGGGGGACAAUUGGGCCGAGGGUGCUGGGAAUGCACAGCAAGAGGUACCGGACUAUUGGUCUUGGGGAGCGUGAGCAGCUUGAUCUAAUGGUAACCGAAUCGGUGAUCCGCUGGGCAUCCUGCACGAAUCUUCCUACUGCGUCAUCUCUCAGGUCGUCCCUCGUGUGCUGAAAGAGAGUAGCUGCGCUGACGCCUGCUGACAGUACUAAAAACCCACAUAUGGAGUGCUCGCCUCCGCAAAAAACUUAUGUAAGCAUCCGUGAGAAUUGUAACAUCUAAGUGUAUCAUCUUUCAUAGCGGGGAGUCUGAGAGAGUGUUGUGUGUCAUGCAUUUCUUGCCUGGGCGAGGUUAUGUUGCAGCCAUGAGAAGUCCUCCUAGUUCAGGGUGGUGUGCCAAAUAAUGUUUGUCCCAUGGAAGUUCAUGUUCAGUUGAGUUUAGGGUAAGGGUGAGUGGAGGUGUUUCAUGGUUUGGCCUUGUGUAUAGAUUCUGCAUCUUUUUGUUGGAAUGGAGUUGUGUGUUACUAUCAAGGCUAGAGGAGCAUCUUCUUUUGUGGAUUUCCAAACCUUUUCUUUCAAACGGCUAGUUGUGUGGUCCACUGACCCUUAAAUUGUUAUACCCUU